CUUUAGCAAAAAAAGAAAAUAACUUUGAAUCAGCUAAAAUAAGUAGAUAUUGUUAAAGUACAAAACUUAUUUGCUUUCUUUGAUUUGUGAAGUUUAGUGUUUCUUCGUUAUUGUUAAAUUAACUACCUCAAAUGGAUAGUACACAACUGUCGGUUACUUGCAUCGCCCCUGUUAAUAUUGCUGUAAUUAAAUAUUGGGGGAAACGUAAUGAGUCCUUAAUUUUACCUAUUAACGAUUCUUUGAGCGUGACACUUUCUACUGCUGACCUUUGCAGUAAAACUAAGAUUAUCGCUGAUGCAAAGUUCACUGAUAAUGUCAUGAUAUUGAAUGGAAAGGAGGAAAACUUUGAAAAUGAGCGCAUUCAGCGUUGUGUUAAGGAGAUUAAAGCAAGGGCAGCCGAAUUGGGGUCGUGUCCAAAGGAACUCCUUGAAUGGAAGAUUCAUAUUGAGUCUGAAAAUAAUUUCCCGACUGCUGCUGGUUUAGCGUCAUCAGCAUCUGGAUAUGCUUGCCUUGUUUAUUCAUUAGCUCAACUUUAUGACUUAAAGAAACAAGAAAUUUCCGACAUUGCAAGAAUGGGAUCUGGUUCUGCUUGUCGCAGUAUUUAUGGUGGUUUUGUUCAAUGGCAGAAAGGAAUUCAAUUGGAUGGCAAAGAUUCUAUUGCUUUUCAAGUUGCUCCAGCUUCUCACUGGCCUGACUUGCAUGUUCUUAUUUUGGUUGUAAACGACAGCAAAAAGAAAAUUGGGUCAACAUCUGGAAUGGCAAGGAGUGUUGUCACGUCAGAACUUAUUAAGUAUCGUGUUGAAAAAUGUGUUCCACAGAGAAUUCAUUCAAUGACUCAAGCGAUUAAAGAUCGAGACUUCUCAAAAUUUGCUGAAGUGACAAUGAAAGAUUCUAAUCAAUUUCAUGCCAUUUGUUUGGACACUUUUCCACCAUGUGUUUACAUGAAUGACGUUUCACAUGAGAUUGUUAAUUAUAUUCACGAAUUCAAUCGCACAGAAGGUGAAACAAAAGUUGCAUACACUUUUGAUGCCGGACCCAAUGCGUGUUUAUAUUUGCUUGAAAAAAAUGUGAAACGAGUUCUUUCGUUUGUCAAUCACAUUUUCCCCAAUGACAAUCAAAAAUCUGCUGAGUAUGUUCGCGGUAUUCCAGUGGAAUAUGAAAGCGAAGACGUCAAUGAAUUUCAAAAUUAUCCCCAGUACGAAAAAAAUACUUUGAAAUACAUAAUCCACACAAAAGUUGGCGAAGGUCCAUCACGUGUAGAUUGAAAUUCUCUCUACUAACUUUUAAUACUCAUCUGGAACGAACAAAAAAUUUGCAAGCACUUAGGCCAAUCUUGAACUCAAACUUUAUUUUCAUAUCAUCACUGACUGCAUUUCUUCACUUUAUUUUAUUUUAUUUUUUAAAAGGGUUCACUGGAGACAGUAAUGGUUGUAUUUAUAAUAUAAUUAUCAGAAUGAUAGUAUUUCUUAAAAAUCUGUGUAAUCUCUGGAAAAGGGCAAUCAAAAUUAUAUUUAUUUGUCUAUCUCUUAUUUUAUUAUCUCAAUAAAAGGACUAAUUAGAUCAAUGAUCUUAAAUCUCUGUUUGCUCAUUGCAUUUGGAAGCCACAUUUGCUGUCAUGAAAUGAACAUUAUGUGAAAAAUAUUAUAUAUCUAAGAAUUAUUAGCAAAAAAAACAAAUUUCAAUUAUCAACAGAAGCAAUUGAAAGCUCGAAAAGCAUGAACAUUUUGAGCUUUCGGAAAACUUUAAAUAAACUUCUCAAAAGUGACUUUCAGAAAUGGAAAAGAGUCAAAAUAUAUUAUUUUCAACAUAUUUUCUUGGUCAUUUAUCUCUUUGUAGUUACAUGCUGAUGCGUGAGACGUGGCACUGGCAUCCAAUGGAACGUCCAUCUUUUUCCGAGAUUGUUGAAAAUUUAGAUAAAAUUUUAAGCAUAACUGCAAAUGAAGAAUACUUAGACUUAGGUUUACCACAACUUGAAACUCCGCCAAGCUCAAGUGAUGAGUCUGGCGAUAACAAAGAUGAGUUUCCUUAUCUUUUGUAAUUUUCAUGCAUCAAACAGUGAAAUUAAUGUUGUAGAAACGGCAUCCGUGGUGUUUAAGCAAACAGAACAAAAAUGAAUAGUCUUGUAUGAAAAUUGAAUCAGAAAUUAAACUUUUUAAGAAAACUCAUCUUUCGUCAAAACACGAUUUUAGAUUUGGAGGCAAUAGAAACAACUUGAAAUGGAAGAAAGUUGACAAUUUUCAUUUCUUCUCAACAUUCAUUGACAAUGCAAAUUUCAUGACAUAUCAUCUUGACAUUAAUAUCUUUCGAUUAUUUUGAAACUUUAUCAUUGAUAAAGAUGGAAAGUUUCACAAAAAGCUUAAAUUUUUUAAAUAAAAGGAAGAGUUUUUGCACAACUGGCAUCAUUGUCUUCAGUUCAUCAUAGAAUUCACUUGACUU